AUGGGAGGCCGGUGGAUUCUGCGCUGCAGAGGGAGAGGUGACCUCGGCGCCGCAGUGACCAUGGGCCGCGAGUUUGGGCAUCUGAUGCGGGUGCGGCCUGUGAUCACCUACAGCUUGUCGCCCUUGGAGCAGCGCGCCUUCCUGCACUGCUUCAGCAAGGGCAGGUCCAACAUGCUGCACCGCACUCACGCGUGCAGCCUUCGCGCCGUGCCACCACUUGUAGUGUUUUAUUUUGUCUACACAUGGGGAACACAGGAGUUUGAGAAAUCCAAGAGGAAGAAUCCAGCUGCCUAUGAAAAUGACAAAUGA